CAGAGCCUGCAGACGACACAGACAGCGGGUCUUGCUUCUUGUGCGUUUUCAGUCUUUCUGUUUUAUUUUAAACGGCGUCUGAGUAGUAAGAUGGAUUGUUUAAACGUACCCAAGAUUUUGCCCAACUCUCCCAGAAAGGCGAGGGGUCAAAUCCAGGUUAUUUUUGGACCAAUGUUCUCAGGGAAAAGCACCGAAUUGAUGCGGAGAGUGAGGCGCUUCCAGAUUGCCCAGUACAGCUGUUUGGUGAUUAAGUAUGCCAAGGACGUUCGCUACUCCAAUAAAGGACUGGCCACGCAUGACAAGUAUAUAAUGGAAGCUGUGUCUGCCAGCUGUCUCAGAGAGGUGCAGUGUUUGGCCCUCGAAGCGACUGUUAUUGGCAUCGACGAAGGACAGUUUUUCCCAGACAUUGUUGAAUUCUGUGAGGAAAUGGCCAACAGGGGCAAAACGGUCAUCGUUGCAGCGCUUGACGGCACAUUCCAGAGAAAGCCGUUUGGCAGCAUUCUGAGCCUGGUGCCUUUGGCCGAGAGUGUGGUGAAGCUGAAUGCUGUCUGCAUGGAGUGCUUUAAAGAGGCGUCCUACACCAAGAGACUUGGAGCAGAGAAAGAGGUUGAAGUGAUCGGAGGUGCUGAUAAAUACCACGCAGUGUGCAGAGCGUGUUACGGAGGUCUGAUGUCUAAUAAGGAGAAUAACGCCCCUCAGAGGGAUGAGACACCUCCUCACGCCAUGACAGGGAAGCAGUUGGACCAUAAUGCACCACGAAAGCUCUUUGCCACACUUCAUCUAUAAACACAUACAGCAUACAAGAACAGAAUAGACUGAUAAAGUUACUGUUUAAAAAAACUUGACGCAUUCGAUUGAUAGCAGCCACAACGCAUCUGUCUACAGUAGCUGCUGCUACAUUUACUGAUCGUAGCAGGAAAAUCUUUUUUUAGUUUUGUUUAUGUAUUUUAUGUAUUUGGCUAUGUGGGGGUUUUUUUUAUUUUAUUUUUUAUUUCUUUCAAUCAGUGCCUGCAGUUAAACUGCACUGCACCAGCAAAUAACACUGCCAAUGAACUAUGUUGGUGUUUUAAUCAUUUUAUUAUCUAUUUUAAUAAAUAUAAACUAAUCUAAUUAAAUUGUGAUUUCUG